UUGGCUUUAUUAUAAUCAAUUUUUUUUAAUUAUUUAUUAUAUUAAACACAAAAUAAUUAUUUUAUUAUUUUUUAUUUAUUGAAUAUAAAAACACAGAUUGGCUUUUCUUUCUAAAUUAUAAUCCGAUUUCAAUCGACUUGUAAACGAACUUGCGAGAAACAUGUUAUUCAUUUGUUGACAAUAAUAUAUCAAAGCAGCUGUUUUCAUUAUUUGGUAAUUACCAAUUAAUUGUAUUAAUAUCAAAGAAAGCUGUCACUUUAUAGAAAGACAUUUAUAUUGAAAUGGAAAUAGAAGUUUCUUCUGAUACAGUUAUGGAAAAUAAGAAUAUUACAGUAAAUAAUACCUCUACGUUUCCAUGGAUUGCUUUACAACAAAAUUUAAAGGAUACAAACAUUAUUAAUGCAAUAAAUCAAUUUCUAAAUAUGUAUCAUCCUGAUGAUGGUAUAAUUGCAUAUGAACGUGUAUUAAAAGCUCUACUGAUUUUAUCCGAAAAUUUGGAUAGUAAUAUACAACAACAAAUAAUUUCUAUAAUACCAUUACCAAAAGGUGUAUCAAAUGAUAAAAUAAAAAAUCUAAUAUAUGAAAUUACUGAACUAAAUAAAACAUCUAAUACCAAAUCUUCAUAUCAAAAGUAUGAUUUUCAUUAAACUAUUUCUUGAUA